AUGUCGGACUUGUUACUGUAUAGCAUCAUGAACACGACCAAGGCGCCGUCGGCGCUGCCAGUGGCGCUGCUGGCGCCGCUGUUGGCGACUCCCCGCGACCUGGCGCCGUCGCUCCCCAUGCCCCAGGCGCUGAAGACGACGACUUUACCCCCCAUCGCCGCCCUCGACAACUACUGCUACACUACCCGCUUUUACAACUCGCCCCAGAAGGAGUCGCUGCUGCUGCUCCACGGGUUGGGCCUCUUGCUGACGAUGGCACUGAGAGCGCCGCUGGUGACGCCGCCGCUGGCGGCGCUUUUGGCGCCCCUGGCUACGUCGCUCGGUGUCGGCGCUACCGUCGCCAGACUGCCGCUGACGCUGCUGUCGGCUCUGGCGCUGCUGGUGCCGCUGGCGCCGCUGACCCCCAACUUGCGCGGUCCCCUGCCCCACUCGCUGCCGCUGAUGGCGGCGCCGCAACUGGCGCUCAUGGCGCUGCCGUCGCUGUCGUCGCUGGGCGCCGCUCCUCGCCAACGCCGCCAGCGCCUUGGCCCCUCGUGUGACCUGUGCCGGGCGCGCAAGGUUAAAUGUGACGCCGACGUCGUCAUCAUCGCCAAGUCGCCCGCCGACGGCGGCGCGUUGGCCGAAUUUGACCUCUCCCCUGCCGACCACGAAGCCGUGCUCGCGGGCGCCCCCGUCGCCGUUGGCGACGACGCCACCCUCGUGUUGUCCCACGGCAAGUUGAUCAAGUUCAAAGUGUGCAAGCUGUGCGCCGUCAAGGGGCUUGGCUGCUGCUUUUCUAAAGGGUUUACCAAGGAGGACAUCAUGAUGAACAACAAGCGCCGCGACGACGGCGCCGCCGCAGCGCUGGCGCUGCCGGUGAGCGUGGUGGCGGCGAAGAAGUUGCGCCCGGCGAAGAUCGCCAAGAAGCGGGCGCCGGCGGCGCUGGUGACGAUCGCGCUGUUGACGCUGGCGCUCAUGGCCGCCGACAGCGUGAGCGUGGUGCUGGCGCCGGCGCCGGCGUUGGUGUUGCCGCUGACACGCAAGUCGCUGUGCUUCUCCUGCCGCAAGCGCAAGGUGAAGUGCGCCUUCAACCCCGCGGUGCUGAAGUGUGAAAACUGCUUCAAGAAGGGCGCCGACUGUGUGUUUGACUGUAAGCCCGCCAAGGCGGACGCUUAA